ACGAGGGCAUUUCCGGAACCGCUCCUUCCUAGGGUUUUAUCUAGCGGGUGCUAUAUAAUCUUCUCCCCUCCCGCCCGCCGCCGUCUCUGCAUUUCCUUCUUCCCGUGGGAUCCCAGCCGCCGCCGCCGCGAGAAGAAGAGCUCGGCGACUCCCCGGUCUCACGAGAAGAUGCCGAAGCAGAUCCAUGAGAUCAAGGACUUCCUUCUCACCGCGAGGAGGAAGGAUGCCCGUUCUGUGAAGAUCAAGAGGAGCAAGGAUGUUGUCAAGUUCAAGGUGCGCUGCUCCAAGUACUUGUACACCCUCUGCGUCUUCGAUGCUGAGAAGGCAAACAAGUUGAAGCAAUCUCUUCCCCCAGGUUUGAGCGUCCAGGAGGUUUGAAGGGACACAAGACAACAUCUAUGAACUACCAAAGCUUCCUUAUCAUUAGCAGAGCAUGCUCUUCUAUGUACCUUUGGAACCUAAGCUUUUAGACCUGUCAGUCAUGGAUUUGUAGAUCUUGGAUUUUUGGAGAAAAAUACCAUUUUACGGUGUUCCAGGAUGCAGCUUUUCAGUUUGUUUCUUUUUGUGAACCGCGUACUGCUUGAGAAUUUGUCUGCCCUACUUCCUA